UUUGUUUGCAUAGUGGCUAACUUUGCUAGCUAUGUCAUUUCCAACUAUUUAAAACGCUCUUUGUAUGUCCGUGAGUCAAACUGUGUUGGAAACGUUAAAACGCACUCUCUCGUCGACAAGACCUGCAAUGGCUUGCUCUUAGUCAUGCAAGUAACGUUAGUUGAAAUGUAGUAACUGUUAGCUAACGGCUAACUUGACAGCUAAUAUAGCUAGGAUAGGAAUAGGAUGUGCUGUUAGGAAGUUAGCCAGCCAACACUGAUUAUGUUUCUGCUUAUUCGUCUGUUAUGCUUCUACUUGUUUUAAAUAACUUCUGCGCUAUGGACACCGAGGGAAUAGAGAUCCGUAUAAAGACUCCCGUCGGGGAUAUGGACUCAUCCGUGGACUGCCCAUCACUUUUGAGCUUCAGUGACUUGUUGGUCGCUAUAAGGGAUGUCAUGCCCGAAACCACAAUCACGGCGUUUGAAUAUGAGGAUGAGGUGGGCGAUAGAAUCACUGUGAGGAGUGAUGAAGAACUCAAAGCCAUGCUGUCAUAUUACUGCAAUAAUGUGAAGGAGCAGCGGAUGAAUGGCCUACUGCCUGAGCCUCUCCAGAUAUUUCCUCGAGCCGGCAAGACUCCAGGGAUCCGGAACAUACAUGGCCUGAAGGUGAACACAAGGCCCAAUGACUGUUCCCCCGCCGCCGUCGGCUCUGUGCCCAACAAUAGUUCCAGUCUAAAGAAGUCAUCCGCAGAGCUAAAGAAGAUUUUGACGAAUGGACAGAUCAAUGGCCAAGACAUACAAUACCAGGAGCAGCUUGGCCAUGGAAACGGAGGGACCGUGUACAAAGCGUACCAUCUUCUCGGGAACAGAGUGUUGGCGGUGAAGGUCAUUCCUCUGGACAUCACAGUGGAACUACAGAAACAGAUAAUGUCCGAGUUGGAGAUCCUCUACAAGUGUGAUUCCUCCUACAUCAUAACCUUCUACAGUGCCUUCUUUGUGGAGAACAGGAUCUCCAUAUGCACAGAGUACAUGGACGGUGGCUCUCUGGACGUAUACAGGAGGAUUCCAGAACAUGUGUUGGGUAGGAUCUCUGUGGCGGUAGUGAAAGGUCUAACCUAUCUAUGGAGCCUGAAGAUUCUUCACAGAGACGUCAAGCCUUCCAACAUGCUGGUCAACACUAGAGGUCAAGUGAAGCUCUGUGACUUUGGAGUCAGCACGCAGUUGGUGAAUUCCAUCGCCAAGACGUAUGUGGGAACUAACGCCUACAUGGCACCAGAGAGGAUAUCUGGGGAGCAGUAUGGCAUCCAUUCAGACGUCUGGAGCGUGGGCAUCUCCUUCAUGGAGUUGGCACUGGGCGCUUUUCCCUAUCCACAGAUUCAGAAAAACCAAGGAUCUUUAAUGCCUCUCCAGUUACUGCAAUGCAUCGUUGAUGAGGACCCUCCUGUUCUUCCUGUGGGUCAGUUCAGCCAGAACUUUGUCCACUUCAUCACACAGUGCAUGAAGAGACUCCCUAAAGAGAGACCUGCUCCCAACAACCUGAUGGUGAGUUAC